CUCCCCUGCUCGUCAUCCGAACAGCACUGGGAGACUUUAACGCUCACAGUCUCUCGCUCGCCCUAUUGUAUUGUUUUUGUACCUUGUGCGGCACGCGUCUUGGUACUGUCUCCGAGGUGGGCUCCCUCUUUAAGCAGUAAAAGGAUAAUGUAAGAAAGGCACCAAAGAGAACGAGAGGGUAAAUGAGAAAAGAGGGAAUUAAAGAGGAGGAAAAGGAGGAGAGAAGAGAGGCUCCCCUUGUAUCCUACGCUGGAAGAAGCUUUGAGGAUUGUUUGAAUCCAUCAAUGUUUGGAUUAAAUCAUAUUUAACGCUGUCUUCUGUAAAUGUGCUUUCUUCAAGGUGAUGUGUGCAGUUAAUCAUUGAGAGAAAACGACAAUAGACCCAAGUGGCAUUGGCAUCUCUGUUUCGUCUCAUCAUAUCCUGCCUCCUCCUGUCCCCUGGCACGCAUCCCUCCCUUUGGCCUUCCAGUGUGGCUUGGCUCGUGUCUUUGGGACUUUAACUUGGAGACCUCCACCCCACAGACCGCCAAUGCUUACAAGGAACUGCCUGCUGCUGUUCCUCUGGUUUCUCAUCGACAAAGGGUCCCUGUCUCCGGUGCGCCCACCUACCCCACCUCUGACCAGGAGCAGGCUGGGGAGGGAGCAUCCCAGGAGCCUGCUGGGCCCCCCCAUGAGGAAUGGGGCUGCUGGGUUUCAACGUGUCAAGAGGGGCUGGGUGUGGAACCAGUUCUUUGUGCUGGAGGAGUACAUGGGGUCGGACCCACAGUACGUGGGCAAGCUACACACUGACAUGGAUAAGGGUGAAAGCGUGGUGAAGUACACUCUCUCGGGAGAUGGGGCUGGCUCAAUUUUCUCCAUUGACCAAACAACUGGGGACAUCCAUGCCUUAAGGAGUCUUGACAGGGAGGAGAAGCCUUACUACACCCUCCGCGCCCAAGCUGUCGAUAUCGACACAAACAGGCCCCUGGAGCCUGAGUCGGAGUUCGUAAUCAAGGUCCAAGACAUCAACGACAAUGAGCCAAAGUUCCUGGAGGGUCCAUACACGGCAAGCGUCCCGGAGAUGUCACCAGUUGGGUCCUAUGUGACACAAGUGACAGCCACGGAUGCAGAUGACCCCACCUAUGGGAACAGCGCAAGAGUUGUUUAUAGCAUCCUCCAUGGCCAGCCAUACUUCUCUGUAGACCCCAAGUCAGGAGUAAUAAGGACAGCCUUGCCCAACAUGGACCGAGAGGUGAAGGAGCAGUACCAGGUUCUCAUUCAAGCCAAGGACAUGGGGGGGCAACUGGGGGGUCUGGCUGGGACCGCCACCAUCAACAUCACCCUCAGCGACGUCAACGACAACCCACCACGGUUUUCCAAAAGUUUCUAUCACCUAAAAGUUCCAGAGUCGUCAUCGAUCAGCUCGACAGUCGGAAGAAUAAAAGCUCAUGACUUGGACAUCGGCAAGAAUGCAGAAGUGGAGUACAACAUCGUACCUGGCGACGGUGGAGCCAUGUUUGACAUCACCACUAAUGAACACAACCAGGAAGGGAUCAUAAUUCUCAAGAAGCCUUUGGACUACGAGACCAAGAAGUCCUACACCUUCAAGGUGGACGCUUCCAACGCCCAUGUGGAUCCACGGUUCCACAGCUUUGGGGCCUUUAAGGAUACAGCCACAGUCAAGAUUAACGUUCUAGAUGUGGACGAGCCCCCAGUGUUCAAUAAGCCCUCCUACAUGAUGGAUGUGUAUGAGGACACGCCAGUGGGCACCAUCAUCGGAGCUGUGACUGCUCAAGACUUAGACGCCAGCAGCAGUCCUGUAAGGUAUUCCAUUGAUUGGAAGAGUGACCUGGACAGUUACUUUGACAUCGAUCCAGUAGAAGGGACUCUAUCCACCAACGAACUCCUGGACAGAGAGAGCAUCGCCCAGCACAACAUCUUCAUUGUGGCCACCAAACUUAAUAGUCCUGUUCUAACAAGCAAAGUGGCUGUCACUGUGCAUGUCCUAGACAUUAACGAGUUUCCACCUGAGCUGUCCACACCCUACGACACCUAUGUGUGUGAAAAUGCCAAAGUAGGGCAGGUUAUUCAAACAAUUAGUGCAAAGGACCAAGAUCUAUCUCCCAUUGGUCAGAAGUUCUCGUUCAAAUCACCAGAAGAUGAAAACAAGAAUUUUUCCAUCCGUGACUUUGGAAAUAAUACAGCUGGAGUUGUGACCUGGAGGAGUGGCUUCAGGCGACGUUCCCAAGAAAUCUACUUGCUGCCGGUGGAGAUUGAGGACCGAGGCUACCCGGUCCAGGUCAGCACAAGCACACUGACCAUCCGUGUAUGUGGCUGUGACUUGGAUGGCUCCCUCCUCACCUGCAGCGCAGAGGCCAUCUUUCUACCUGUGGGACUCAGUACAGGAGCCCUGAUCGCAAUCCUUCUGUGCAUCGUCAUUCUACUGGUUAUUGUGGUCCUCUACGUUGGCUUGAGGCGCCAGAAGAAGAAGGAGACCCUGAUGACUUCCAAGGAGGACAUCCGUGACAACGUGAUCCACUAUGACGACGAGGGUGGCGGCGAAGAGGACACCCACGCCUUCGAUAUGGGCACCCUGCGUAACCCCAAGGUCAUCAAGGAGAACCUGUACCGGCGGGACGUGAAGCCCGAGGCCAAACCUGGGGCUAAAGUCCCCGUGUCCCAGGACAGUGCUGACAUCCGCGACUUCAUCACCCAGCGUCUGAAAGAAAAUGAUGUGGAUAACUCGGCCCCUCCCUAUGACUCUCUGGCCACGUACGCUUACGAGGGCGAAGGCUCGGUGGCUGAAUCGCUGAGCUCCAUUGAGUCUUUGGUCGCGGAUGUUGACGAGGACUACGAUUACCUCAAUGAAUGGGGGCCACGCUUUAAAACCCUGGCAGAGAUAUUUGGAGAACAGUCAGAGACAGUAGCGACAGAGAACACACAUUGAUGUUGUUACUUGUAGACUCCAAACAUGGACAUGAAAUUGCAUUGUUUUGGCUUAGAACACUGAGCUCGUUCUUAGAACUUAGAACUUUCUUUUUUUAUGGUUUAUAAAAAAGAUUUGUAGCUGUUUAUUUUAUUUUCCAUAUUGUUGUUUGCUAUCCCAAGAUUGUACACAAGGGGAGUAGUUUGAUAAAUGACAGGCUUUCAAUUACAGUACCUUUUUAUAGUGAAUGUUGCUUUGUCUUAUUUUUUUUAUGAUUUUCUUUUACUGAUUGGGGGAUUAAGACAGAAACAAAGAAAAUGCUAGUGUUUUCUUCAACAUACUUAAAAGUGCCUCAAUAGAUUUGUUUUUCUUUUUUUCACUGCACAUAUCCAGUCUAUUCCAAUUUACAAUCUCUCUCUCAGAACACUUAAAAAUAAAGGUGGUCACCUGACCAUGGAGUGCACGGAACCUCAGAGGCACGUCCCUCCCAACUUUACGAGUACAGUUACGCUAAGUGGCCCUAGUUUGGCCAAAGAUAUUUUGAAUGUUAUUUAUUAUUGUAUUUAUUUAUUGGCUGUAUUGCCUUUUCUUUGUUUCAUAUUGUUUAUGUAUUUAUAUAUUUAACUCUUAAUCAUCACUGUCUACUUUUUAUUUUUGAACACCUUUUGUAAUUAUUCAAGACCCACAUGGAAAAUAAAAGUUUCAGUCAGUUGGGUCAGAUGUAUAGACUUGUACUUGUUGUAAAAAAAAAAAGAUAAUUUAGGGCUAAACUAAAUAAUGCAGUCGAGUCAUGUAAUAACACUGUUUUUUUUUUUAA